AUGGAAUCGAGCCAACGGUUUGAAAGACUAGAAGAUCAAGUGGAAAGAAUUCUUACACUUUUGCAAAAUCAGCCACCUCCACAAGGAGAGCAUAUUAAUUUGAAUGAUCCACCCGUGAUUCCCCCAGAAAAUCCCCUACCAGCCCCAGCAGUAACUGAGGUCCGAGUAAGAGACUUCCAAAAGCUAAAACCAUUAACAUUUCCUGGUGGAUUAGAUCCCGUAAAAGCCAAUGAAUGGUUGGAAUCCAUAGAAAAGAUAGCCCAAGUUAUGCAAUGUGAAGGAAGAGAGAAAGUGGCAUUAGCAGCAUACAACCUAACAGGAGAAGCUCAGCGUUGGUGGACGCUAGUAAGGAGGGUUGAACCACAAAUGGGAUGGGAACGAUUUUAUAACCUCUUUAACCAAAAGUAUAUACCUCCAUCCAUCAGAGAUAGAAAAAGUAUGGAAUUUCAAAACCAUACGCAAAAACCAGGCAUGACUGUAGCCCAAUACGAGGCUGAGUUCACAACAUUAGCACAUUACGCUCCACAUCUGAUUCCAGACGAAAAUAUGAAAGCUCGUAGAUUUGAGGGAGGAUUAAACCCAGACUUGCGCAAACUCAUUAAGUCGUUAAAAUUACCCACCUAUGCGGAAGUACUGGAUCGGUCUUUAAUGCUAGAAGAUGAAAGUACAAAAACUGACCAUAUGUCAGAACCUAAGAAAAGGAAGAAUGAGGACCACAAUACUAGCAAUGGACAGACUAAGCGACCAAAUACAGGAGGGCAAGGACAAAAUCAGAAUAGGACUUAG